AUGUCUGGCAAAAUCGAUGUUCACCACCAUUACUAUCCCCCGACAUUCACCGCAGCCCUUGAACGAGCCGGGGGUGACCCCUCUGGUUGGUUCGUCCCUACUUGGACCCUCGAAGCCGACAAAGAGAUCAACGCAGCCUGUGGAACUGGUACCACCAUCCUCUCCAUGACAGCUCCAGGCGCAUGCAUCGAGAAAAAACCCACAGCUGCCGCAAAGCUAGCACGCGAAGCCAACGAAUUCGCAGCAGCUAUCCGCGAUGCCGAGCCCAAAUCUUACGGCUUCUUCGCUUCCCUGCCUUCUCUUCUCGAUACCAGAGAGUCCCUCGAAGAAAUCGCGCAUGGCCUCGACGUCCUCAAAGCCGACGGCGUUAUCCUGUUUACCCGCUACGGCGAGGAUAACCACUACCUAGGUCACCCAGAUUUUCACCCGAUUUGGGAAGAAUUGAACCGUCGCAAAGCCGUCGUAUUUGUGCACCCAACACACGCCGUGGAUACAAAUCUUGUGAAUAAGAAUCUGCCACAGCCUAUGUUUGAUUAUCCGCAUGAGACAGGUCGCACAGCCAUGGAUCUAAUUACUAGUGGCAAUCUACGCCGUUAUCCGGACGUCAAGAUCAUCUUGUCGCAUGCUGGCGGCACUUUGCCCUAUCUCAUUAACCGUGCAGCUGGUAUGCUGCCAUACACACCCGAUGAUAUUGGUCUUUCGGCGCAGGAGAUUAUUGAUGAGGCACGAAAAUUCUAUUAUGACACUGCGCUUUCGACUAGCCACGAAACUCUAGAUCUGCUUUACAAAGUUGCUGGUGCGGAUCAUGUGCUCUUUGGCUGCGAUUUUCCGAAUGCGCCGGUGCCUAGUAUUCAUUUCUUCCGUGACUUGUUUGAUACAUACAAGGUUGAUGGGAGUCGUGAUCAAGUAGAUGUGACGAGGCGGAAUGCGUUGAAAAUUUUGUCGGGGUUGAGAGAGCGUCUUGCAUCAUGA